CGCCUGCGGCUGCUGCCUAAAGGGAAGUGAGCUGGGGUUGAAGCGAUGGCCCGGGUCUGGAGCUCGCGGCCGCCGCCCCCGCCUCCGCUGCCAGCGGGUCUUGAGCAGCUGCGGCGGGAGCCAGAGCGGGGGCCCCAGGCGCAGCUGGGGUGGCAGCGGUGUGUGUGAUUGUGGAAGUCGCCGCUGGCGGAACACCUCACGCUCGGAGUUCUUCAGGCUGGCGGAGCGCUCGCCCCUCAUCACCGCGCCACCCCAGGCCCAGGCAGCAGGGCUGGAGUUUGCCCAGGCUCCGGACUGGCUCUCUCAGGCCAGUGUCCCUUCAGACUCAGGACAGAGGCCACAGAAAGGUGGCUUCCUGGCCCGGGCGUGUUCUUGACGCCCUGGCAAGGUCGGGGUUGGAGCGGCCGGGAGGCACUUCCUGCCACCACCACUCCAGCCAAGGAUUAGUGAGUUCCCGCUGCCUGCUUUGCGAUUCCUCCUCCCUUUCAAGAACAAGUAUCUUUUCCCUCUUCUUGGAAAUCCUGUCCCAGAGGUCCAAAGUACUUUAGCUUAGUGUGUCUUUCCCCAGCUCCUGGAGCACUCCUAGAAAUACUGGCUAGGUCUACAGGACUGAGCAUCUCGCAUUCUUGACUCCGCUUUUUCAAAAACCCUUUGGCAGAUAAUAGUUGCUUCCCAUUCCAUACCCAGGGUUUUAUCCAUUUGAAUCACCAGUUCCUUGGCUAUCUCUGUGUGACUUCCUCCACCCACCUGACGUCCACUUUCCUCUGGACUCCAUUCUCCAGCACCCAGCGAAGCUGGUCAGUCCCACCCCUGGGUGGGAGUGAUCAGGGGGCUCUGGCCCAAGAUUUCCAACCCUGGAAGGCAGCUCCAAGGUGGCAAGAGAGGUGGGCGUCGGAUACGAACCUGGAAGCUCAGGAGUGGGUGCUCCACUCACUCCACACAAGAAGAUGAAAAAGCGCAAAGAGCUCAAUGCAUUGAUUGGCCUGGCUGGAGACAGUCGGAGAAAGAAACCCAAGAAAGGCCCAAGCAGCCACCGCCUGCUUCGCACUGAGCCUCCUGAGUCAGACUCAGAGUCCAGCUCAGGGGAAGAAGAGGAAUUCGGAGCUGUUGGAAAUCGCUCUCGAUUUGUCAAGGGAGACUGCUUACGAUGCUGCAAGAUCUGUUAUCCCCUCUGUGCUUUUGUCAUUCUCGCGGCCUGUGUUGUGGCCUGUGUUGGCUUGGUGUGGAUGCAGAUGGCUCUCAAGGAGGAUCUGGAUGCUCUCAAGGAAAAGUUUAGAACAAUGGAAUCUAAUCAGAAAAGCUCAUUCCAGGAAAUCCCCAAACUUAAUGAAGAACUUCUCAGCAAACAAAAACAACUGGAGAAGAUUGAAUCUGGGGAACUGGGCUUGAGCAAAGUCUGGAUCAACAUCACAGAAAUGAAUAAGCAGAUUUCUCUGUUGACUUCUGCAGUAAACCACCUCAAAGCCAAUGUUAAGUCAGCUGCAGACUUAAUUAGCCUGCCUACCACUGUAGAGGGACUUCAGAAAAGUGUAGCUUCCAUUGGCAAUACUUUAAACAGUGUCCAGCUUGCUGUGGAGACAAUACAGAAAACUGUGGAUGAACACAAGAAAACCUUGGGAUUACUGCAAAGUGAUAUGGAGACCAAUGGAAGCAACCGGAUCAUUCCAUCACCUUCAGCUACAUCAGAACUUGACAAUAAAACCCACAAUGAAAAUUCAAAACAGGAUAUAUUGUACCUUCACAAUUCUUUAGAGGAGAUAAACAGUACUCUAAUGGGAUACGAGAAACAGAAUGAUCUUAAACUGGAAGGGAUGGAUGAGACACUCAGUAAUCUGACACAGAGACUCAGCCUGAUAGAAAGCAAUGUGGUCGCAUUGAGCAAGGUGAAAAAGAGAACAAACCUGACCUCCCAGAUGAAAGAAGAUAAUUCAAAUUCUCAGGUAUACAAGCUACGAGAAAGACUACAGCUGAUCGAUGCUCUCACAAACAAACCCAAAAGCGACAGGCCUCCAGAGUUUGCAGAGGAAGAGCAAGUACAGAGUUUCACAUCAAAUCCGUCAGCAUUGCCAAAAUUUUCACACUUUCUUGGAGACCAAACUGAGACCCAGCUAAAACCUAUCUCCCUACCAGGAAUUUCUAGCAUCAAAGAUCUUCAGGAUUUAUUCCACAAGACUGGCCAGGAUGUGGAUGGGAAGCUGACCUAUCAAGAAAUCUGGAACUCCCUAGGUUCUGCCAUGCCAGGACCAGAGAAUUUGAGAGCAUUUGAUUCCAAUGGAGAUGGAAGAUACUCCUUCCUAGAGCUAAGAGUAGCUGUAGGUAUCUAGUCUCAUCAGGCAUAUUUUGACACAGAUGUGUACCCCAGACUAACUAUAAUCUACUUACCAAACCAAAAAAAAAAAAAAAAAAAACCUUUACCCUCGGUCCUCCAGUCCUCCAAUCUACUGUAGCAGACACAUUGCCACAUUUUAACUUGUUUGAAAAGGCUAUAUAAAAGUUAUUUUUUUAAAAAAGAAAACCAUUUUACUUAUAUGUUUGGAAAUCUAUAAUUUCCUGAAACUAGUCAAGAUCUUACAAUUUAAAGUUGCCAGGAAAAAAAUAAUGAAACCCUUUUUAUUCUCCUUCCUAUUUUUGAGGGGAAGAGGCCUUAUCUUUUAGAACUGGAAGAUGUAGAGAGACAAUAAGUCACCAUUUAUAUUUCAUAUAAAUUUGCCUUAAAUUAGCUGCACUUUAUAGAGCCUCAGAAAAUGUCUUUUCUUUAAAAGAUAAGCCUUUUCUGUUUAUAUUUUAAAUGAAAGAAAGAUUCUGUAUACUGUGUUAGAAAAUAGGAAGAAUGAUUUUGGACAGAAUAUGAACAAAUGAUUUGUUAUAAUCAUUAAUCUGAUCUGGGUAGCAGCUGAAACUGUGUUCACAUCUCCUUAAGACAUCCCUCAAAGGUCUAGGUACCACUGUAGGGUUUGGCCUGGGAGCUGAGGACAUCAGUUCAGGGAAUAAAUGCUGUGCAGAUGGUGCCAGCUCUAGGCUCAGGAAAGUCAGAUUCUAGGUCGUUAUUCCUAUUCCUUUAUUUACUCAUAACCUUAAAAACCAUAGACGUCUCAUAGGGGAUAUUUCUCAUUUAAUUCUCUUUCAAGGUUUAUGAGCAUAAAAGUAGAGAACUGUGUUUUCCCCUUGAGUAAGCUAGACUGCCUUUCUACCCACCCACUCAAGACUUGCUACAUCUUUUUAAAUGUAACUGGUACCUUUGGUACCAUCAGUAGUCAGGAAGGAGAGGACCUCAAGUCCUUGAUCACUAUGGCAAACUAACCACCCAGUGCAUUAGAGGAAUGCUCUAGAAACUAUGUCCUUUAGGAUUUUACCUGUGUACUAACCAAGAAUUUGAUUUAUUUCUUGGUAGGAUGCCUAAAGCCAAAAUGUGGUAAAAUGAAACAUGAAAUCAUACUGUUUCCUCAAAUAAUCCACUCAAAAGUAGCAAUAGGUUUUCUGUCCAAAGGAUUCAGGCCUGAAGCAGAAGCCUUCUGGUGAUAGAAGCAGGUUUCUCAGAUCUAAAAACAAGUGCAAUACUUGCUCCUUUAAGUACUUCUGUGGGCCAGACGUGAAAGGUCCCUGGACUGGAAUCAUACAUCAGUAUCACCUAUCUGUUAAGACUUGCAGUGUUGUUCUUACAAAGUCUUUGGGUAAUACUAAAGGAAAACUUAAUAAAACUUCACUUUGCUGUACCAAGUCAGGGAGAAACUAGAGAAGCUGUCAUGGCAUAGACUUCUUUAGUAGAGAUAAUUCCCAUUUAAUUUUGUUUAGUUGCCCUGUCAGCCAUGGAUGCAGUCCAGUACCCUUAAACCUUUAAAGACUGUUUUGUGUGUGGUUUGUUUUUUCCUUCAUGACAUUCAGCUUGCUGUUAGCUUUUUAUCCCUAGAAGUAUUAAAAUUUAGUGAAAGCAAGACAAAAUCUUUUCCCAUGAAUGUGUUAUAUCUCAUGUUUCUCCCUCUUUACAUUUUUUUGCUUUAACAUUUCCCUUGCUCAUCUGUACUAUUUCACUUUCUUGGAAAAGUUGAAAAUAGAGUUUAAAAUUAUCCUGGCACUUUAGGUAACUUGAAGAUAACUCUUGUUCUUCUGGAUGCCUUCCAUACCCCCCUUCUUUUAAUAUAUGUGCCCUUAGAGAUUUUGUAACAACCAAAUAAAAUUCUAGCAAUAAAUUGAA